AUGCUCCACUUACAGGGUCCACAGAUGCUGCAGAUGCUAGAAAAAUACUUAAGGAAGAGCCUCCCGGAGUCCUUAAAGGUUUAUGGGACCACCUUCCACAUGAACCAGGGAAACACUUUCAAGCUAAAGGCUCUGGUGGACAAGUGGCCUGAUUUUAAUACAGUGGUUAUCCGCCCUCAGGAGCAGGAGAUGACAGAUGACCUUGAUCCCUACACCAAUACUUACCAAGUCUACUCCAAGGACCCUAAGAAAUGUCAGGAAUUCCUUGGUUUGCCAGAAGUCAUCAACUGGAAGCAACAUUUGCAGAUUCAAAGUUCACAGUCCAGCCUGGAUGAUGUGAUAAAAAAUCUUGCAGCUAUUAAAUUGGGCAAGGUGAAGCGAACACAGUGCUUUCUCUAUAUGGUCUCUGAGACAGCAAAGAAAUUGGCUACUUCCUUUCUGGAUGCAAAAAACGUAUCACCCAAUGGUGAUAAAUACAAGUCCAUCCAUCAAAAGGUAUUGAAACUCUCAUCCCUGGAUCCUACCCACGCUGCCUUGGUGAAUAAAUUCUGGCAUUUUGGCGGCAAUGAGAGGAGCCAGCGAUUCAUCGAGCGCUGUAUCCGGGCCUUCCCCACCUUCUGCCUGCUGGGGCCUGAGGGGACUCCUGUGUCCUGGGCCCUGAUGGACCAGACAGGAGAGCUGCGGAUGGCAGGCACCAUACCUGAGUACCGGGCCCAGGGCCUCAUCACCUACCUCACCUAUGUCCAGGUUCAGGCUCUAGACAAACUUGGCUUCCCCAUGUAUUCCCAUGUAGACAGGGCCAAUCACAUCAUGCAAAAACUGAACUUCAACCUGCAGAAUAUCUCUGUGCCCUGUGACUGGAACCAGUGGAACUUUGUGCCUCUGUGA